ACCUUCCUUCAAAUGUGACUUAAUUAAAAUCGAAAUUGAUCGGAGUAGUACAGCGAAGAUGUCGAGGACGGCGACUGCUUUGCUCGCUCUCUUGACUCUGCUCCUCCCGAGCCCUAAUCGCCGGACGCUCGCUCUCGCCUUCGCCGGCGUCGCCCUCUGCGUCGCCUCCUACCUCCUCGGCAUCUACUCCAAUAACCGCCCCUCCAUCGCUCCCCAACUCUCCCCCACCCCGGGGGACUGCCACCCGCUCCUCCUCCCCUCCCCUUCCUCCGCCUCCUCCGACGGCCAACUUGGCUUCCUCCCCCUCCACUCCGCCGCCGCCGCCUUCCCAGUUGACCAGCCCCCGCUGCCGCCGCUCCCCUUCUGCCCCGCCAACUUCACUCACUACUGUCCCUGCCACGAUCCCCAGCGCGAGCGACUAUUCCCUACCCGCGAUCUCCAGCACCGUGAGCGCCACUGCCCUGACCCCCGCGACCGCCCGCCUCGCUGCCGCGUACCGCUUCCGCCUGGCUACCGCGCGCCCCUCCCCUGGCCAGCUAGUCGUGACCGCGCCUGGUUCGCUAACGUGCCCUUUCCCAAGCUGAGCGUGGCCAAGAAGGAACAGAACUGGGUCAGGGUGGAGGGGGACUGGCUGGUCUUUCCUGGGGGUGGCACUUCCUUUAUCAAUGGGGUCAAGUGGUAUGUUACAGAGAUGGCCAAGCAGGUUCCGUUGAGGAGUGGGGAAAUUAGGACCGUUCUGGAUAUUGGCUGCGGGGUUGCAAGCUUUGGUGGACAUCUUUUGGACUAUGAUAUCUUGACCAUGUCAGUUGCACCAAGAGAUGUACAUGAAGCUCAAGUUCAAUUUGCCCUUGAACGUGGAAUUCCAGCAAUGCUUGGUGUUUUAAGUAUUCAUCGGCUCCCAUUUCCAUCGAGAUCCUUUGAUAUGGCUCACUGUGCAAGAUGUCUUAUUACAUGGACUGGCUAUAAUGGCCUGUACUUGCUGGAAAUAGAUAGGGUUCUUAGACCUGGUGGCUAUUGGGUUUUGUCUGGGCCACCAAUAAACUGGAAGAACAUGUAUAAAGGUUGGGGAAGGAAACGUCAAGAAGUUGCAGAAGAGCAGAAAGCUAUAGAAGAUUUAGCUAAACGGCUUUGUUGGAAGAAGGUUUCAGAAAAAAGCACCAUGGCCGUGUGGCAAAAGCCUACUAACCUUUUGCAUUGCAUGAAAAAAUCAAAGACUCUUAAUUCUCCACCUUUCUGUUUAAGAACUGACCCUGAUUCUGCUUGGUAUGAGAAGAUGGACACAUGCAUUUCUCCUUUACCCAAGCUGGAGGUACUAGAGCAUACAAGUGGCGGAAAUCUUGUAAAUUGGCCUAAGAGGUUAAAUGCUACACCACCAAGGAUACUUGCUAGGAGCAUUGAAAGGAUCACCAUUGAGAACUUCAAUCACGAAAACAAACUAUGGAGUGAAAGGGUCUUGCAUUAUGAGGCAUAUCUCAGUAAUCUGCCCAGGGGUAAAUAUAGGAAUAUCAUGGACAUGAAUGCUGGCCUUGGAGGCUUUGCUGCUGCUGUGUCCAAAUAUCCUGUUUGGGUUAUGAAUGUCGUUCCUGUUGAUAAUAAGAACGACACACUUGGCAUCGUAUAUGAACGUGGACUUAUAGGAACAUACAUGGACUGGUGUGAAGCUUUCUCCACUUAUCCUCGCACAUAUGAUCUGAUCCAUGCUAAUGGAGUGUUCAGUAUGUACAUGGACAAAUGUGAAUUGAUCAGCAUCGUACUUGAAAUGGAUCGCAUCCUUCGCCCUGGAGGUGCUGCUAUAGUUCGUGAUCACAUUGAUGUUAUCGUCAAAGUAAAGCAGUUAACAGAUAGUUUAAGAUGGCAAAGUCGCAUUGUUCACAGCGAAAAUGGACCUUUCCAUCCAGAGAAGCUUCUCAUAGUUGACAAUUCAGUACAGUAGACACAAAUGUGAGAUCAAGCAGACGAGAUCUAAAAACACCACUUCAGCAGGUGAUGGUACCUCGACUCGACUAGAUGGGAGAGUGGCUCUUCUUCCUCGAUCACAAUGCCAUGUCAUUUCGAUGACUAUGGAAUUGGUUGAAGGUAACAUAAUGUCAAAACCUUAUUUUUUUAAGUAAAAAAAAAACAAAUACAUAAACCGUUAGUUAUUGUUUCAGGGAUUAAUGAUAUGUAUGGUGUAUGAACUUUAUGUAACUUGAAAUCAAAGAAACAGUGAGUGCAUUAAUUUGA